AUGGCUUCUUCAAUACCGUCACAUUGCCUUAUAGCUGAAUCAGAUUCUGAUUUUUUGCAAACAAAUAAUCAUGAACAAGUACCAUUACAAAACUAUUUACGUGAACGUCUGCUUGAUAUUCGAACACGUAAUUAUUCCAACACAGGCAUAGCUGAUGCUAAAGCAAUAGAGAAAAUUUCUUCAGAAUUUGAAAUACUUGUUUUUGGUCCAGCACGUGUUGGAAAAUCAACAUUAAUACGAGAACUUUCAGGAGAUGAACAAAUACGAACUAGUGCAGGUUUAAAUGCUUGUACACAAACAACAACAGCUUAUACCGAUCAAUUUGGUGUACGAUGGUGGGAUACUCGUGGUAUUGAACAAUGGACUGAAGCAGAAGCUCGAUCAUUUCUAACUGAAAAAUUUCUUGAUCGACAUAUUAUUCCACGAGCUGCGAUAUUCUGUCGUACAGCAGGUGCAUUAGCGAAUACACCUGUAUUGCAAUUAUUAUUUCGAGAACUUGAAUCACAUGGUAUAGCUCUGUUCUAUGUUAUUACUCGAUGGCCAUUUUUACCACGACGUGAACAAAUUGCGAUUGUCGAUGAAGCUAUUGAGUUAUUAGGUGGUCAUGCUGUAGGAAUUUAUCCAUCAUCUAAACCAAGAAAUAUAAGUACAAAUAAUAAACAAGUUGAAAUUAUAGCACCUGCUUCAGGUGGUGGUUGUUUUGCUUCUCGUCGUUUACCUCAUCCUCUUCCAGCUAAUGCAACAGCACCUAUUACACCACCAAUUCCACUUUAUCGUGCACUUGAAUGUAAACCUAAUAUAUCUUAUAUUGUUCCAGUUAAUUCAUGUCUUGAUGAAUUGGGUGAUACAGGUACAUCGGCAACAUUUUCUGUUAUGAAUCUUGCUCUUCUUCGACAAUUAAUUAUUAUAAAAACAUGUCGUGGAAAUGAUCGAGAACAAAAAUUAAUUGAUUUAUAUAAAAAUCAAAUGUCUCUAUUUGCAACAAUUGGUUAUCAUGCAUUUGAAGUACUUGAUGAUCUAGGUUAUGGUGCAUCAUCAUUUGGAUUAAAUAAAAAAGAAGAAGAAAUUUAUCGAUCUUUAAAACAAGGUGGAAAAAAUCAACACAUGGCUACGCCUGCAGUUAAAGCAGUUAUUGAUAAAGUUACAGGAACAAUCUCAUUUCCUAUGACUUUAGUUUCAUUAGCUGGACCUGUGCUAUCUACAAUUGCAAAACGUUAA